AUGUCAGCUUUCUCUAAUAGCACAUCACCACCAUCCUUGACUUUCUUUCUGACGGGUGUUCCUGGACUAGAAGCUGCCCAUACCUGGAUCUCCAUCCCCUUUUGCUGUAUGUACAUAACAGCUCUCUCUGGAAAUGGUAUGAUCAUAUUUGUCAUCAUCACUGAACCAAGCCUCCAUGAGCCCAUGUAUUAUUUUCUCUCUAUGCUGUGCACCACUGACCUAGGAUUGUGCAUUUCCACACUGGUGACUGUACUGGGAAUAUUCUGGUUCAAUGCAAGAGAGAUCAACUUUAAUGCUUGCCUGGCUCAGAUGUUCUUCAUUCAUCUAUUCACUAUUAUGGAGUCGUCAGUACUCUUAGGCAUGGCCUUUGAUCGCUUUGUGGCCAUCUCUAACCCACUGAGGUAUGCUACCAUCCUCACAAACUCCAGAAUCACUCAAAUUGGAGUGGCAAUUGUCACUAUCGCAACAAUAAUCUUGAUACCCCUUGUCCUGCUUCUUAGACGCCUCUCUUUCUGCCAUAGUCGUGUGCUUCAACAUUCUUAUUGCUUCCAUCCUGAUGUAAUGAAACUUUCCUGUUCAGACACCAAGAUCAAUAGUGCAUUUGGGUUGACUGCAACCAUCUUAGUUGCUGGGGUGGGCUCAACAUUAAUCCUGCUCUCCUAUAUACUGAUCAUCCACUCCAUUCUCAACAUUGCAUCCCCAAAGGAACGCAAGAAAGCCUUCAGCACCUGUAUCUCCCACAUCACUGCUGUUGCUGUCUUCUAUAUUCCAUUGGUCAGCCUGUCCUUUGUCCACAGAUUUGGAAAACAAGCUCCUCCCUACUUGCCUACACUCAUUGCCAAUGUCUACUUACUUAUUCCCCCAGUGAUGAAUCCAAUCAUUUAUAGUGUAAAGACCAAAGAGAUCCGUAGAGCUUUGCUUAAAGUUCUUGGUCCCAAGGCAGUCUAA